AUGAACUCUCUCGAACUAUUUUUUGAAAUUUUAUACCAAUAUGAAAUGACUAAACGAGAUAAUCAGAGGACCGGAAAUACUGAAGUGGUUGAAUCCCCUACACUUGAUAUGAACUUUGAUUUUGCUGAUGCUCCCCCAGCGAUCGUAAAUAAACCAAAUAAUAAUGAAGAGAGAGAUAAUGAGAAGGAGAAUGAAAAACCAAAAAAAUCAUCUAUUCGCAAAGUAAAUCAUCCAAGAUCAAUUAAGAAAGAACCCGUCAAAGUGGAAAAAGUCGAACAACCAAUAUUGUCAAAACGGAUGAAAAGAAUGAAGGAUAAUUUACGUAUUGAUAUGCUUACAAGUGACAUGCGUCAGUUAUCAACUGACGCAAAUCGACACCCGAGGUACAACAUUUAUAAUUAUAUGGAUAAUUAUAAAAGUAGAGUUAACCUCGCAAUUGAAAUUUUUAAUUAUCAAGUAACCUCUAAAUGUGAUAAUGUAGCACCAGACGAAGUUGUUAAGAUCAUAAAAGAUUAUAGAGCGAAAAAAAAGAUGAUCGAGUACGCUCCUUGUCAAGCAUCCAAAAACGAGUCCGGUGAUGCAUCGAAAGUGAGAGACAAAUUAGAGGAAUUAGAGAAGAUUUUUAUGCAAACCUCUAAUGAUAUGGAAUGGGAAAAAAUUAAUCGAGAUGCCUUGCGAUUGAUAAAGAAUGAACACGGAUUAAAUGAGCCAGGACAAGUUAAAAGCUGUGCUAUGAAGUCGUAUAAUUUCAUGAUGCUGGGUCAGAGAGUCAUCAGUAUGGAGGAACAAAGCGAUAUAAUGCGCGAAUACACCACACUUAACGAUGAUUUCAAAAAAAGACUAAAGGACGAAAAUCGCAAGACAGACGAAAAAGAAAUAGGAGAGAAACGCCCGAUCUUAGAGUCGCCACCGCCGAGAGAAUUGAAGAAGGAAGAAGUAAUAAAAAAAGUGAAGAAGCAAGGAUAA